CAGAGCGACAGUGAGCCCUGAGCUACAUGGACGAGUCAUGCUUUGUACUUUAUUUUAGUUUUUGGGCGUCAUGGCUAAACAGUACGACAUAUUGUUCAGGUUGCUGAUGCUCGGAGACUCGGGGGUCGGGAAGACGUGCAUGUUGCGCAGGUUCACGGAGAGUGACUUUGAUCCCACACACAUUUCCACCAUCGGAGUUGAUUUCAAGAUGAAAACACUAGAACUAGAUGGAAUCAGGGUGCGAGUCCAAAUAUGGGACACAGCCGGUCAAGAACGCUAUCAGACCAUCACCAAGCAGUACUACAGGCGUGCUCAGGGUAUCAUCUUUGUGUAUGACAUCACAAGCGAGCCGUCCUUUCAGCACCUGGUGAAGUGGGCCAGUGAUGUGGAUGAAUAUGCCCCAGGCAAGGUGCAGAGGAUUUUGGUAGGAAACAAGUCUGAUGACGAGCUCAGGAGGCAGGUGACAAGGGACCAAGGAAGCAAGUUGGCAGAAUCCUAUGGGAUGGAGUUCUUUGAGACCAGUGCUUCCACCAGCAGUAACAUCACUGAGUCCUUCACUCGGGUGACAGAACUGGUGCUACAGGCUCACAAGAGAGACGUGGACAGUUUGCUGGGAUCUCUGGAUGAUUAUCUCGAACAGGCUGGUUUGGAGGAAGAAAAGGGCAGUGAAGGCACCAACAACAACAACGCACACAAGAGCUGCGCAUGUUAAAAAGACGGCCACCAUCACAGAACCACGGCUCACACUGUAGCAAAAGACAUUUCUUCCCCACAGGGACUCGACUCAGCACCUCUUUGAAUUCAUCAUAGAUACUGUGACCUGUUGUUCAGGAGGGUACUUCAUUUGAUUCACUUUUUUGUAGUUUGGUGAAGAGGUAAGUGCAGUUAGCAGCAACAACCAGCAGAGGGCCUGUGCUGUUGCAUGACCACUGACACCUGUAGCCAGUCAAGAGUACAGUGCAUGAAAGCAGCUCUGUGUUUUUUCUGCAAAGCUAUCAGUGCACACACUCUCUUCAUUGUCCCUGGUGAAAUGCACUUUCCAUCAAAAAAGUAACGUGUGGAUCCAUGUCCAAGAAAUCAUUUUAUGAAGUUGCAAACAGUAGAUAUGCUACAACACGAUAGCCAGAGAACAGAGUUGAAUUAUUUACACUUCGAAACUCAAACCAAGCAGGGUUGGAUUCUUUUACACAAUGGGCGUAUUUCCUCGAGGGAGACAGUGUUGUGCCAUGUUUAAUGACCGUCUUAAAUGUAGAGCAUGUUUGUUUACCAUCCUGAACGUUUAUAUACAGUUUGUUUUAUGAAUGUGACUGGCAGUCCUUACUGUAUGUUACGCACUUAAGCAGUGUUACUGCUGCUUAAAAUAAUGUUUUCAGGGUCUGCUGAGGUGCCACAGAUAUGUCAUUUUAAUGUAAUGUUUGAAACUCAAGGAUGCUGCAAAGAAUCAAGCAACAUAUAAGUUAAUAAAUUUAAUUUGCCAUAUUUAAAACAAAAAAUAUUCGGGUAUCUGGGCUUUGCUGAGUCACUAAAUUUGGACUGAGAGUGAAGUUAGGUGUCAGUUAGGUCCAUGUAGGGUUCAGAUAGUAGGUUCAUUUAUUUUUCAUCACCAGCUGUGAAAGACAGGUGAUCACACGCUUAAAUUUUUGAUGACUGAGAAAACUGAUACAUUUCGUAGAGAUACCAUGAGGC